CACAACUUCGGGGCAAUGAAUGGACCAGUGCUGAGAAGAUGCAGCGCAAGAAACUCAGUCACAGAAGCAAUGGGUUCCGGGGCAUCAGCAGUGGCUGGCGAGGUCCCCGGCACAGAUCUCCGGUUGCCAACCACCGGGCUGAAGUUCACCGCCAACCAGCUCCGAGCCCUCAACUCUUAUGUGGACGCGCUGAAUGAGGAUGACCAGAAAGGCCGGAUGACGACUGAGAUGGAAGGUGCAGUGGAGGGAUUGGUCCAGAGGAUCGUGGACGGAGCAGGCCAGAGGGACCCUCGCUUUAGGUGCUGCCAUCUUAUAGCUUUGCACAGAGGGAAGAAGAUGCGUUCCCGCUCCCUGGAAUACCUGGUGACCCUGGAUUCCCUGCCCGUCCUGAACAGCGGCGACAACUGCCGCCUGCAGGACGGGCCCCUGGGGUACGGGAAGAUCAGGCUGGCUGGCAGGGACGCUGAUAAAUGGGAGGAGUUCAUGACACCUUCUGGGUAUCUGUGCAGAGACAAAGUGGUGGAGCGCUGGGUGGAAUUGGUGGCGCGCUGUGCGCAGGCGCGCGGGGGUGGGGGCGCGCGGGUGCUGUGCGCGCGCGCCGCCGCCCGCGCCCGCCCCUACCACUACUGCUACCUGGAGCGGGGUGAGUGUGCUGUGACGUCAGAGAUGGGUGGCGUGUACUGUGACGUCAGGGACAGGUGGCGGAGCACUGAGGGAGCUGGUGAAGCGGUGUGUGCAGGCGUCUGCUUCUACCACUACUGCUACCUGGAGCGGGGUGAGUGUGACAGACAGCUGGUGGAGCGCUGGGUGGAGCUGGUGGCGCGCUGUGCGCAUGCGCGCGGGUGCAGUGCGCGCGCGCCGCCGCCCGCGCCCGCCCCUACCACUACUGCUACCUGGAGCGGGGUGAGUGUGACGUCAGAGACAGCUGGUGGAGCGCUGGGUGGAGCUGGUGGCGCGCUGUGCGCAUGCGCGCGGGUGCAGUGCGCGCGCGCCGCCGCCCGCGCCCGCCCCUACCACUACUGCUACCUGGAGCGGGCAACCACCACCCAGACUAGUUCCGAUCGCCGACUGGCCAUAGUAGAGGGAGCAGCUUGGGUGAUGGUACGGGUGGGUGGAGGUCAGGCUGAAGCCAAGCUGGUGCUCGGAGCCAGGGUGGAAGGCUGCAACGCCGCGGCUUACACCACCAGGGUGCCGUUAACGCAUCCGCUGGCUAUGCUGCACUAUACUAGCGCUCAAGGGGGUUACUACGCAGCGGCGGUAGGCCCACCAUCCUCGGUGGUGUGCGGUGAGCGGUCAGCCACCUGGCAGCUGUGGCACCCUGCAUUGGAAGCGACCCUGGACGCGCACUGCUCAGACCAGUCCACUGUAGCCAGGAUCGCUGGGGCCUUGAACGCGCUUAUUGACAAGAUGAGAGAAGGAGUGUAUCAGCUAUGGCACCCGGCUCUGGAAGCGACCCUGGACGCGCACUGCUCAGACCAAUCCACUGUAGCCAGGAUCGCUGGGGCCUUGAGCGCGCUUAUUGACAAGAUGAGGGAGGGAGUGUAUCAGGGCACACUUCGCGUAGUAAGCCGCUACAUGGCUAUGUGCGCUCUACGAAGGCGCGCACACCGAUGCGCCGCGUAUGCGCAAACGCAUGCACGUGUGUGCGUGUCAGCGCACGCGCCGCACCACCUGCUGCUCAUACUGGAUGAACUAGUGUCAAUCUGCCUCCGCGGCGGCGUGGCUGGUUACGUAUGCGGGGUGGAGCGGGGCGCGGUGGUGCGGCGCGGGGGGCGCGACGCCGAGUGGGGCUCCGACGCUGCGUGCCUCAGGAACUGUCUGCUGCACCUUCAGAGGGCUACAGGCACCGAAGAGAUACCGCCGACGCCAUCGGAGUCCCUAGAAACCGUCCUCUUCAGCCGUUGGGAGAGUCUCAACCGAGAGAUGAAGGCAGGCUCCGGUCCAGCGUACUCCAGGAGACAGCUGCGAUACUUGUGGCGAGUGGCCAACGAGCUGGUGCGGUGCAAGAACAUGGUGGUUUGUGAAAGCCACAGCAACUUCCGCGCCAACCUGAUCCAAGCAACGGCUCCGGGUGAUGAGCCCAUAGAGGAGCUGAUUCACAUCCUCGCCAUCGCUCUGGACCAGGCUCGAGACCUUUACUUGAACACCUUACAAUACAGAAGCUUGGGCGAGUUCGACAGGGAACUGUUUCAGUACAGGUCAAAAAAGUGGAACAAGCUCAAAGAAUACUAUGACGCGUCAUCAGCUUGCCUGAUAGACGCGGUCCGAAGAGACCCCGACCUCCGAAGAGAAGACCUGAAAGACCCCCUCAACAUCAUGAAGAACAUCCUCCACUGGCUACACAAAGGGGCGAAAGACGAUAAAAAGUACUUGGGACCAGUUCUAAAGCCAUAUUUGGAUGGUCUUUUCACAAGUUCUUUGGAGAACUCCUGGUUUUUGGAAGACUUUGACGCGAAAUGCUGUGAGAAGGAGUUUGAGGGGCUGAAGGAGUAUUGCGUGGGGGUACAUGAUGGGAAUAUUGAGCCAUGUAUGGGGUUGCUGGAUGCAGCGAAGAGAAUGGCGUGGGCUAAGGCAAUGGUGGACUUUGUGGACCGGUUUCGGCAUGUUGGUGAGUACAGGAGGGAUAAGGUGGAAGCCAAGCUGCGGCUUGCGAGGAGGUGUGUGCUGGCUGCCUUUAGCACAGCCCUGGUGGGAGAUCACAGGAGGGAUAAGGUGGAAGCCAAGCUGCGGCUUGCGAGGAGGUGUGUGCUGGCUGCCUUUAGCACAGCCCUGGUGGGAGAUCACAGUUCAGCUCGGACCCUGACUCUUAGCAGGAGGGAUAAGGUGGAAGCCAAGCUGCGGCUUGCGAGGAGGUGUGUGCUGGCUGCCUUUAGCACAGCCCUGGUGGGAGAUCACAGGGUAAAACCAAGAAAGAUCACCCGCCACGAGAGCACAGACGAGAUCCUGGCCAGCGUCAAAUCUGGCAACUACUGGCGGAACAACACCAAGCCAGACAUCAUACCUUCCACCUCCAUCCAGGAUAUCACCAAAGACGAGCUUCCCAGAGUCAGAAGACGGUCCCGUAGAAGCCGUCACGUCACUUCCUAUGGGUUUCCAGAAAUUUCCUUGACAGACCAAGGGGAUACGAAGACCAUGAGGCGGAAGUACCAUACGCUGAAGAGUUUGGUGUACACGGAGCCGGUGGAAAGUAUUAGAGAGUUGAGGGAAAGGCCCCGGUCUGCUGGGUCUACUGUCAGGAAUAAGGAGGUGCUGACCAGGCCUAGCCUUUUGGAGACUCUGGACUUCAUUAAUAGCGUGAAGGAUGCGUUGUGCGUGGAAGAAUCUGGAGCGUCAGAUGCUGAAGACACAGGCUGGUCUGCGCAAGAGGAAUGGCUGGCUGGGCAGACAGCACCUCUGAACUUGCUGGUGGCAAGGUCGGGGUCGCACACGCUCCACCUGCUGCUAGGCGACUUGGUGCUAGCUUUGCUACAGAGGGGAAGGUUUACAAUUCUUCAAGAACUAUGCUCGUGGCUCGGCGACGCCAGUGAAGGCGCGUUGUUCGCGUUACACCGUCUAGCGCGGGCUGCUCGGUCGAGGAGCAGUGAAAGGGCCACUACGUCAUGGAAGCUUCCAGAAGCAGAAGGAACAGCUCCAGCACCGCCACAAAAGUACAGCGUCCGUUCUCCGGACUACAUAUCUGGAGAUGAGGGACCACCACCACCCCCGCCUCUGCCCAGGCAUAGCAGCAGACACAAACAGGUCCAAACGCGCUACCCAGACUUCCACCCACCAAAUCGUCUCCAGCCUCUAGACUUAACCUACAAAAACCUCGACCAGCACUCCAACCGUUCCCAAGAAUACACGGGCAUCAUCAACCCCAUAUACGACAUCAAAAUACCCCGGGACAAAUUUAGGGUUAAGAGAUCAAAAUCUCUCGGUCGAAGUUUCAGUAACAAAAACCUUAACUUGGAAAUCACCAGGUACAAUAUAACUCUAGGACAUAAAAGUGGGAGGAGAACCAAUGAUGUGGUGACUGCAAUCACUGGAAUGACUGGGGAGACGGGUUUGGAGCCUAAGAGUAAUUUCUUCCAGCGGUUUAGCACGGCUGAGGUGGUGGGCGACUCGUACAAGAUUAGUAGGGCCACUAUUGAUUAAAUAAAAAUAAAUCAAUUGAAAUUCCGCUGCAGGCGUAUUCCAGAGUAGUGAAUUACUAAUUAUUAGAAGAAUCUUCUGUAAGAGGUUUUAUUAGACAAUGGCGAAAGAUAGAGUUUAGAAACAUUACUAACAAU